AUGGUGGGCACUGCGGUUCCAGAAAUAUACAUCCAAUGGAUAAAAAUGAUCUAUCACGGAGCCACGAGCCACGUGCAAGGCGCGGCAGGACAGUCAAAACUAUCCCGCAUAAAGACCGGCGUGCAUCAGGGAUCGGUGCUCUCUCCUCUGCUUUUAACAGUCAUGGAUGCAGCGACAGAAGGUCUCAAGCGACAGCCUUCAUGGGGUCCCCUAUAUGCAGACGACGUGGUAUUGAUGGCAGAAAACAGGAAAGAACUUAAAAAAGAAGCGCAGAGAUGGAAGGACCAGUUAGGAUCGUACGGCUUAAAGCUCAACACAAAGAAGACAGAAUACAUGAAAGUGGGAGAUCAAACUUCAGGAAGCAUAUAA